AUGCUUAAUCCCCAAGGCGGCGCACGAAAUUUAUUGAUAAAGAACGUGGAUCCUUCCAUUCGGAAACCCUCUGCCCCAGAAGAAGAAUGUACGGCCCGAGCAGCUCAGCAAUAUCGGAAGCAGCGGAAAGCUGUUGUAGCAGCUCUCCUUGAGGCUCAUGAAAACGGUGCAAUUGAAGAACGACACCUACUAGAAACACACAAUCGAGGCGAAAUCGGUGAAAAAACCCUGUGUGACUUCGAAUGCAGCAUCCAACAACCAUUCGCAGUGCAACCAACAUCCUUCCAAACGGAAGCGAAUUUUGUCGAUCCCAACAGAACAUUGCUGCCGAUGCCGCAGCAGCUAUUAUCCCACAAUGAAAAGGAUCUCGUUGGCUAUGGCAAGACGUUGUUUCCAGUGUCGCAGGAGCCACACUCUCGGAUUGAAGUGGAUAGUGGCACGAACAUGGAUGUCUUGUUCACGGCAAUCGAAAUCCAUCAAACCGUCAACGCUGGGACAUUUGCUACCGAUAAUACGCCGACUGAUAUUGGCGGGCCAUUGAACCAUCCUGCACCAUUUGAUUCCUGCGUUCCAUCUGAAGAUGCGCCGGCGGAUUCCAAAAAUGACUCCGGCUGGGCUAGCUUUAAAGCACAUUCAAACCUGGAAUCAACUCGUAUGGAAGAUAAGGAGAAAAUGUGUGUUCUUGUAUACGAUGAAAUGUCCGUUCAGUCCACUGCCGAGUACGACAAGAAAAACGAUGAAGUAAUUGGACCGCACUCAGAAAUGCAAGUAGUUAUGGCCAGAGGAUUGUUUUCUCAAUGGAAACAGCCAAUUUUCGUUGAUUUCGACGUUCAGGUAACUAAGGACCUUUUGGAAAAUCUCAUAACGCAACUCUUCAAAAUUGGUUUCAAUGUGAUUGCCAAUGUACACGACUGUGGAGCGGGUAACUGGGGUGUUUGGCGAGACUGUGGCGUUAAUUUUGAAACGAAGCAGACCUCAAUGAAGCAUCCGUGCACCGGAAAAGACGUUUUCUUCUUUCCUGACGCUCCUUAUCAGUACAAACUCUUUCGGAACUGGAUGUUGGACCACGGGUUCAUGUACAAAGGAAAAUUGGUAACAAAAAAGUUUUUGGAACUAUUAGUCCAAAAGGCAUCCACUCUUAAAAGACCGUUCUCCGAAAAUGGCGAAGGAAGUUCAGUUGAAUUUAAUUCGUUAUUCAAAUUAACUUCAAAGCACUUGACAGUUCAGGGAUCUGAACGACAGAAUGUACGACUGGCAGCAGAGCUCUUAAGUCACACAACCGCAGUGAACUUAAGAAGACACUUCGGUCAGUACGAAGAAGCACGAUUGCUAGCAGAGAUCAUUGAGAUAGUGAACAAGUGGUUCGAUGUGAUGAACUCCUAUUCACUUACUGAGAAUGUUCCGUCCAAAAAAUGUUAUGGCCUAGAGCUUGAGCAGCAGAACCAGAUACUCGACAACAUGGAAACUUUGAUUAAGGAGAUUCGAGUGCUUUCAAAACAUUGCCUACCAGCAGCAUCGGGACUAAAGCUGUUUCAAAAGGCAAUAUUGAUUUCCAUUGAGUCAACAAGACAGCUGUUAACAGAGAUUCGCAAAUUACCCGGUCUAGAGCAGGGCUUUGUGAUGAUGUACAAAUGCAACCAAGACAGCGCGGAAAAUGGAUUUGCAUUGAUUCGCCUUAAUGGUGGAACGCACGAUCAUCCAACCCCACUUCAAGCUCUUGAACGCCUCAGAUUGAUGAUUCUUGGCAAAGGAUUGUCAAGACAACUAAAAGUCAACCAAAAUACUCAAUCCAUAAUAUUUGAAGAGGACUAUCUGAUCUCCAAGGUAUUUCGAAAAGCAAACAUUUAUCUGGAGAACAAUAACGAGGACGACGAACAAUCAAGUGACGAGGAAGAUUCGUGGGUGUAUGAACCAAAUAUUAGAGAGCUUGAAGAGGCUGAUGGCUAUGAAUAUGUUAUGGGAUACAUAGCUAAGACGGAGAUGAAGAACCAAUCCAAUCUGGGGAGCUAUACCUAUCAGUUGGAACAGGAAUGUGAACCGGAAAUCAACAAAGAAAACUACGUUCAGGAUCUAUCCUAUGGUGGUUUGGUUCAGCCCAGUGAGGAAUGGUUAGAGGUCGGAAAUCAGCUGGACUCUUGCUUCAACUGGAUACACAACACGGGUCCCGCUGGAGAUCAAAUUGGCUUUCGAAAUAAGAAAAACGUUAACCAAAGGACUUUUCGAAAACUGAAGCAGAAGUUCCCACAUCUGCCAGAUCAUGUGUUGAAAAACUUCUCCAAAAGAAGGGUGUCAAUACGUGUACGACAUCUGAAAAAGCAACUGCAGGAGAAAAAAAUACUGAAAACGAAAAACCGUAUGGCGAAAAAGAAGAAAACUACUACUGCCGCAACUCACUCUGCCCUUGUCGACGAGAGAAGCGCUAUUGUGAAGAAAAAUGCUAGGAAAUUAAAACAUUUUGUCACAUAGGAAACGACU